AUGUUGAAGCUCGUCCAUGGAGAUACAGUCUCAGCUACACGCCCAUUAGAUUUGCACGACUUCCUCUCAGUCAUGAAAUCAGGGCUGCCAGAUCGUCAGAACCCCUCUUUCGACUGGGGUUAUGGUGAUACAUCCGGCGAUGAGGGACGGUUCGAUUUCGAGGGAUGGAUCCCAGUGGAGAAUUCCGAGUGGACCGUCAUGGAUCCCAACGGACCAUUCGAUUUGAAGGCUUUGAUUGCGGAGGCGUCAUCCGAGUCCAGCUCCGAUGCCUUGGAUGGAGCGGCUGCUCGGCGCCUCGGACAGUCGACACGCUUCGGCGCUGUCCUGGACAUGAUCACCGAUCGAUGCACAACAACGUGUCUGUUGGUAUUUCUCGCAACCGCGUUUCCCAGAUGGAGCAUCGUCUUUCAAGCCUUAAUUAGCCUGGACUAUUCAAGCCACUACAUCCAUAUGUAUGCCACCCUAGCAAUGGGCGGACAGCGCCAGAGUCACAAGGAUAUCGAUGAGAGUCGGCCCUGGGUCAUGAGAACAUAUUACUCCAAUCAUAAAGUUCUGUUUACUGUAUGCGCGAUGAACGAGGUCUUUUUCAUUGCGCUAUAUCUACUAUCGUUUUCUUCGCCAUCACUCAUGCCUUCAUUGGAGAACAACGAAGCAAACUUUGCAACAGCCUCCCAGAUCUGGGGAUCGCCUUGGAGUGCUGGGGCCAUGGAAAUGGCUCGUGCCAAUAAAAUCGACAGUUCCAUGCCGUGGUUGUUGCUUACCCUCUCAUCACUCUUCAUGCUCUUCAAGCAAUAUGUGAAUGUCAUACAACUAGUAGAAGCAAGUAGAUGGCUAGCACAGGGCGAUGUUGAGAUGAGGAGGAAUGCACGCUUGCUUCGAGCGAAAACUGAAUGA